AUGUCUACAAGUUCUGGGCUGAGAGGAUCGUGCGAUGUCUGCCUCCACCUGAACAAUGAACACAGCGCCGCGCCAUGUCCUGUUUCUCGCUGCUGGAAUCGCUGGAAGCGCGGUCAGGUCACCGGAGGCUGCUUUAAAAAGUCGAAUAGCUUCACUUGGUGGAUGUGCUACGCGUGCAAAGAUCACCCUGGCGCCAAAGACAACCUUAUAUUAGGGGGCCUCAGACAGCGAGACGUUACGCGUGCACAAAGAAACGAUUACAAGCUGACGAGAGUUACUGGAGGUGAUACGUCUAGCGGUAAGGUGGACAGCAGUAGUCCAGUGGCAAGCAGC